UACCUAGAGUGACACAAAUGAACAUUGAACACGUCAAACAAAAAUAGUUUUGUGUUUUACGAAGAUAUGAAAUGAUGUUUUGAAAAUGUAUUUAUUGACAGUCUCGCGAUUUUGGAGUGCGUAGAAAUUUAUCAGGAUAAUUCGUAUGAAAAUUUAAGUACAUCGGCGACCUGCAUUAAUAUCAAAAUGAAGGCUUUACUAGCAACUGUGAUUAGUCUUGCACUAACGACUGUGGUUAUCGGCAAUGCCUAUUACCAGAAGAAACAGUUUUAUCCCUCGAUAGUUUAUCUUACAAAUUCUAAUCCUAGUAUGGCUGUUAUGUAUUUGCAAGCCUUCAUACUAGUUCUGCUAGUUGGCAAACUGUUAAGGAAGAUAUUCUUUGGACAACUUCGUCCAGCAGAAUUCGAGCAUUUGAUAGAAAGAUCCUGGUAUGCCAUUACGGAGACCUGUUUGGCAUUCACUGUCUUUAGAGAUGACUUUAAUCCAAAGUUUAUUGCGCUGUUCACUCUGCUGUUGUUUCUCAAAGCAUUCCAUUGGCUCGCCGAAGAUAGAGUUGACUAUAUGGAGAGGAGCCCGGUAAUUGGCUGGCUGUUCCAUGUGAGGAUACUGACCUUGUUGAUGCUGCUGGCGCAUGCUGACUUCUACUUCAUCCACCAUGCUUACCAGUUCACCGCGUCCAAGGGACCUUCAGUACAACUCGUGUUUGGUUUCGAGUACAGCAUAUUGAUAAUUAUGAUUGUCAAUAUUUUGAUUAAGUACGUUCUCCACACCAUCGACUCGCGCUGGGAGGCUCCCUGGGAGAGCAAAGCCGCGGUGUUGCUGUACACCGAGUUGGCUAUCAACUUCCUGAAGGUGUUGCUCUACAUCGGCUUCGUAGCGGUCAUGGUCAGGAUUUACACAUUGCCACUCUUUGCAUUCCGCCCGAUGUAUGAAACAAUGAGGAGUUUCAAGAAAGCUUACAACGAUGUGGUAUUGUCGCGGCGCGCUAUACGCAACAUGAACACCCUGUACCCUGACGCGACUCCCGCUGAGCUGGCGGCCGCCGACAACGAGUGCAUCAUUUGUCGCGAGGAGAUGCACACAGGGGCAAAGAAGCUACCGUGCAACCACAUAUUCCACGCUGCGUGCCUGCGGCUGUGGUUCCAGCGGCAGCAGACGUGCCCCACGUGCCGGCUGAACGUGCUGCGCGCGCCGGCGCCCGAGCCCGCGGCCGCGCCCGCGCCGCCCGCCGCGCAGCCGCCGCCGCCCGCGCCCGGGCCCGUGCCGCCGCCCUUCCCCAACAUGCCCAACCUGCCCAACAUGCAUAACAUGCCGCCGCCGCCGCCGAUGAUGGCGUGGGGCAUGCCGCCGCCGCCGCCCCCGCGGCCCGCCUCUCUCGCCAACCUCACCACCGCUGAGCUGCAACGCAUGGAGGGCAACGAACGCAGGAACAUUGAGGCUCGACUGCAGCUGCUUCGGGAAAUUCAAGCGAUGCUGGAUGCCUCAGUGCUGCUUAUGCAACAAUAUUCCACUGUUGUCGCGAACCUGCCCCAGAACAACGCUACCGUCUCGACACAAACGGAUAUUAAAAUAGAAGUGGUGAACCCGCCAACGUCAGCAUCGGCGUCGCAGGCCAAGUCUGAGCCGGACGUGGUGCCCACCACGUCGAGCUACAAGCCGCCCGCCGUGCCCUCCACCAGCAAGGCAGACCUCACGGACGACGCUAGUAUGCAGCCCGAUACUACUACAGACUCUACUAAUAGUUCCUUUGCCAUUAGGAAACGAGGUAAAAUUUCGGAAAUGCCCAUGCGUCCUCAGUCAGCUUAUAUGAUGUGGCUGAACAGCGCUAGAGAACAGAUCAAGCUCGAUAAUCCCGGUAUGAAAAUUAACGAUUUUGCUAAAAAAGCAGGCGAGAUUUGGAAAUCUAUGAAAGACAAGACUAAAUGGGAAGAGAAGGCUGCUAAAGCUAAAGAGCAGUACGCUAAAGAUCUCGAGUCUCACAACGCCAGAGAAAGUGGCGAAUAAAUCCAUGGAACAGUCUAAGCCUGCGUUAAGGAUGCAUAGAUAGUGAGACAAGACUGAUGCCGAUGCGGAUGAACUGAGGAGACGACGACUGCAAAAAUUCGCGAUGGAUAAAUGAGCUUGUUAAAAACUAUUUGUUUCGAUUACCUAAUGUACUAUUAUUUAAUGUACAAAGUGUUUCGGUAUGUGUAAGCAUUAUCUAUUCUAAUCUGAAAUAAAUGUAUUUAUGUUCUUGUAAAUAUAAUGGGAUAUACACAUGAAUACAUUACAAUCAUA